UAUUCGUAGCAACAAAAGCGUUUGUUGCAGACUGCAGAACACUGCAACUUCAGAGCUCCAAAACCUCUCCCAUGGAUUAUCUCAAAACAGUAGUCCCAUCUCAGCUCCUCGCCGAACGCGGAUCCAACCUCGUCGUCAUCAACCCAGGUUCAGCGAAUAUAAGAAUUGGACUAGCGCAGCAUGAUGCUCCGGUUAGUGUUCCCCAUUGCAUUGCGAGACGCACUUCUCAAGUGCCGAAGAAGAAUGUUCAGGACCAGUUGCUUAAUUCUCAGGUUACGACAGCGCAGCACAUGGAGCGUGAAAGGGCUUAUGACAUUAUUGCGUCAUUGUUGAAAAUUCGGUUUUUAGAUGAAGAGGCAACGAACAAUCAAUACCCACAAAAGAUGGGCCGUGUGGAUGCGUUUCCUCCUCAAAGUAACAACAAAAAAGAGACAGUUAUUCCAUGGACUAAUGUGUUUGAGAAAAGCACAUCUUCAUCUUCUGAAGAAGGAAAUUCACUGAAAUCUGGAGAAUUUUCAAUCGAAAAGGAAGGUAAUGCCAAUGAGGAAACCAAUUUGACCGAACCUAAAUACAGGGAGCAUAUUUUUGGUGAGGAAGCUCUCAGAAUAUCUCCAGCUGAACCAUAUUGCUUGCGCCGACCUAUUCGCAGAGGCCACUUCAAUAUUUCUCUGCAUUAUCCUAUGCAACAGGUAAUUGAAGAUAUGCAUGCUAUCUGGGAUUGGGUUUUGACUGAAAUACUGCGCAUUCCCCGUAAUCAAAGACAUACAUAUUCUGCUGUUCUUGUUGUUCCUGAGACUUUCGAUAAUCGUGAAAUAAAAGAACUUUUAUCGAUCGUACUUCGAGAUUUGUGUUUCACCACAGCAGUAAUCCACCAGGAAGGGCUUGCUGCAGUUUUUGGAAAUGGCUUAUCUACUGCAUGUGUUGUGAAUAUCGGUGCUCAAUCGACGUCAGUUAUGUGCAUCGAGGAUGGAGUGACUCUACCUACUACUCAGAUUACUCUACGAUACGGUGGAGAGGAUAUUUCAAGAUGUCUGCUUUGGACUCAGAGACAUCACCAAACAUGGCCACCAAUUCGAACUGAUGGUCUGACGAAACCCAUUGACUUAUUGAUGCUGAAUAGACUUAAAGAGUCUCACUGCCAUAUCAGAGAAGGAGAAGUUGAAGCCGUCGCCAUAGUUCACUCAUAUGAAGAAGGUGCACCACCUGGUUCCCACAAGACAAGACUUACCGCUCUCAAUGUUCCUCCUAUGGGUUUAUUCUAUCCAAUGCUUUUGGUUCCAGAUGUUUACCCUCCACCACCACGGAGUUGGUUUAGUGAUAGUGAGGAUAUGCUGGAAGAAACUUGGGACUUCCCUAGAAGACCCGACAUGUCAGAUGGUUACUUGGCUGGUGGUGCUAGUGGAUUUUAUCCUAUGUGGGAAAACUACCCUAUAUUUCAGUCAAAACCGAAAAAACAGGAUACUAUUGGUCUUGCUGAUGCUAUUGCAAAAAGUAUUCUUUCCGCAGGGCGCAUUGACCUGCAGAGAAAAUUGUUCUGUAGCAUGCAACUGAUAGGUGGAACGGCUUUAACCGAGGGUCUUAUUUCUGCCAUAGAGGAGAGGGUAUUGCAUGCCAUUCCGUCUCAUGAAGCCAUUGAUACUGUGGAGGUUUUGCAAUCUAGAACAAAUCCAGCCUCUGUAACAUGGAAAGGUGGAGCAGUACUUGGCAUCCUUGAUUUUACACGCGAUGCAUGGAUACACCGUGAGGAUUGGAUAAAAAACGGGAUUCAUAUCGGAAGCGGAAGAAAAUACAAAGAUUCUUAUUUCCUUCAAGCACAAACUAUGUGCUUUACGAAUUCCUAGGUACGACCGCUUUGUACUUCACUUUUUUCUAACGGUGCAUCGUAUAACUGGAAGUGUAUUAAUCACCAAAGGAACAAAUGUGGUUGAUUUGGUGAAAAUAUAUCAUCAUUUAUAAAGACAUGUCAUAUUUUAUAAUUGCUGAACUUUUAUUAAGAAUCUGUACUUCGACAGCGAACUGAAAGAAGACUAGAUAAUACUACAAUGAAUAUCAAUUUUCUAAAAAACAACUCUCCAAUAUCGAAUGGAAUUUUUCAUUUCGGUUUUCGCACUGAUUCCUGCAGUUAGUUUUAUUUAUAUAUUAGUUUGCUCUGAAGUUGUAAAUUUACUUGGUUUCUUCUUGUCCGAAGUCAUUGCACUAUGCAGUGUGACCGGACGUGGAUUUUAUCGAUUCAAAUUUUCUCUUGUAAGAUGUAAUUAUUUUUGUUAGUCUAGAUUGUUUUUGUUACGUAUAUAGAGAGUGAGAAAUUUGCUAUGCUCAAUCUAGUUAGUUGGUGACUUAUUUUAAUGCCGUUUUGAUAGGCAAUAUUAUUGAACUUUAUUUGA